AUGAUCAUGGCUCUCGUGGCUGGUGGGGCUCAUUUGGAUUAUCGAGCCGCAGAUACCAUGACUCCACUGCACCGCGCAGCUGCUUUGGGCAAUUACGAAGCAAUAAAAGUACUUUUGGAUUUGGGCCAAUCACCCAACACACGUGACCAGUUUGAACUCACGCCCUUAUACUAUGCCGUGUUAAAUGAUACCGUGGCCUUGUGUGUCGAGCGUUUGUUAUACGAUCAUUCUGUGUUGGGAAAAUCUGAUGAAGCCGGGCUCCAAGAAAUCCACCAGGCUUGUCGAUUUGGUCGCGUGCAACACUUGGAAACGCUGCUUGCCUACGGGGCCGAUAUCAAUAGCCAGACAGCAAAAAAUGGGAAUACUCCUUUACAUAUUUGUGCGUUCACUGGUCAGGAGAGUUGUGCCCGAUUGUUACUGUUUCGUGGAGCUGAUCGGACUCUGCUGAACCGGGCCGGUCACACAGCCUACCAGCAGGCAGUCCUGGUGGAGAACAAUACGGUGGCCGACCUAAUUCGCACAUUUCAAGCCAAAGAUGUGGUUCCACUUCGAGUCAAUCCAAAAAGGAACGAGCGUCGACGUUCGUUCACACGAAUUCGACCACAACAACGUUGUGCCAGCCUCGGGCGAUUGGCUGAUUUUGAAUCCAUGUCCGAGUCGCGCUCAACGGACAACGGCUACGAGGGUCGACGAGCUGUUCACGGUGCACUGAACACCUCACAGACCACGGACUUUGAAGACUACCGAAUGACCUCAAGUGUCAGUGGUUACUGUUUGGAUUCCAUGUUACUCGAAGAUGACCACUGUGGUGAGUUUUUCUAA